UAACAAAACAUCAUUAACAAGAGCUUUGUACGAGCUGCGAUACAUUUAUAGAUCUAACAGACAUGAUGAAUUCUCGUAUUGCAUGGCUCAUGAUGGCCUUGAUGAUCUUCUCAGUUCUCUUGAUUGCUGCAGAUCAUAGCAUAGAAGCAAGAAAGGAUCCUGGUGAAUAUUGGAUUAGUGUUAUGAAAGAACAGCCCAUGCCGGAAGCACUUCAAGUCCUUGUUCCUGAGCUGGAUUCCUCGCCAUCUCAACUCAACAAGAAUGCCGAUGACUGUCACACGUCUGAGCUGGGAGUAGAGAUCAACAAAUUAGACCAGCUUGUCGAGGAUUUCAAGCAUAAAGAUCAUGAUCACAAACAGCAUUUUGUUAAGGAUUUCGAGCCUAGACCCAAUGUCUCACCGUACGAUGGCGAUGAUAUUGUUGGUCAUGAAUCGGAGAAGAAGUUUGUCAAGGACUUCGAACCAAGACCUAAAGCUUACACCGAUGAUCUUGUCCAAGCUUCUAAAGAAAGAACAUUUGCAGAAGAAUUUGAGCAAGCACCAGAUGCUUCUAUUUAUCACAAUUAA